AGGAGAAGCAGCGCUCCAUUUACCCACAAACCACCUCACCACCCGGCUCUGAGGACCAGCUGAAGGUCCACUAGGAGACCCUUCAGCUGCAGAUUAAAGCUCCUCUGAUGAAGAGCCGCCGUCUGCUGAGGGUAAAAAGCUGCAGCGUUCUUGUGUUUGGCGUCAAAGCCGCGGUUCUGCUGUGACCGGAGACGCUGGUGUCGGGUUCUACCGGGUCACUGAGAAAUAAAACACCGACAGAAACCAGAGCAGCAGCAGAUCCUCAGACUGGAGCUCAAACAAGCUCCAGAAAGGAACCUGGAAACCUCCCAGAGACCCUCGUGUUCCUCAUCCACUGAUCAGCUGAUCAAUAAUCAAUAAUCAGCGACUGGGGGUGAACAGGGAAGAGUUGGAGCUCCUACAGAUGUUUUGGAGGAAGGAGGGACCAUGGCAGCUGAUCCAGUGACAGCAGGGCAGCGACCUUAAGACUCAGACGGACUCCAGAGACUCUACAGACCAGGACCAGGACCAGGACCAGGACCAGGCAUCGCCAUGGUGAACACAGGGAUGCAGCUGAUCAGCUUCACCUGCGCCGUCACCGGCUGGAUCAUGGCCAUCGCGGUGACGGCGCUGCCCCAGUGGAAGGUGUCGGCGUUCAUCGGCAGCAACAUCCUGACAUCGGAGAUCAAGUGGGAGGGCAUCUGGAUGAACUGCGUGUACCAGACCACGGGCCACAUGCAGUGUAAGACCUACGACUCCAUGCUGGCGCUGCCGCCGGACAUCCAGGCGGCCCGGGCCCUCAUGUGUCUGUCCAUCUUCAUGGGCUGGCUGUCCUGCACCGUCUCCUGCUGUGGGAUGAAGUGCACCACCUGCGCUGGAGACGACCGGCGGGCCAAAGCUGGCAUCGCGCUGUCGGGCGGCGUCCUCUUCAUCCUGACGGGGCUCUGCGUCCUCAUCCCCGUCUCCUGGACCGCCAACACCGUGGUCCAGGACUUCUACAACCCCAACGUGCCGCUGAUGCACAAACGGGAGCUGGGCCAGGCCAUCUACCUGGGCUGGGCCGCCGCCGUCAUCCUGAUGAUCAGCGGCGCCGUCCUGAGCAGCACCUGUCCUCUGAUGGAGCGAGGAGGACGAUACCGACGGGGCUACAUCGGACGGAGCUUCGCCAACUCACCGGCCACGGCUCCGGACCCGCCCAAACCCAUCACCUCCAACAGCCUGCCGCUGAAGGAGUAUGUCUAGACCAGGGGGUCCACCGGGUCCAGGCCAGGACCACAUGCAGACCUCCAGACCGGACCAGUAGAACCAGUAAAACCAGAACAUGAUGACCUCUAAAUAACCACAACUCCUGAUGGUUCCUAAUGUUCACAUUUAAGGAAUUAUCUUUUUACCAAACAUCAGGAACAACCUGAACAACUGACAAAAAAAAAGGAUACAAACGAGACAAAAAUACACAAAACGACAAAAAUGCUACACAAAAUGAUAAAAGUAAGUCAAAAAACAACAAAGACAACACAAAAUAUUACAAAAAUGAGGCACAAAACGACAAAAGAACAAAGAACAAUCUAGUAUUUUACUUUCUGAUCCAAACAACUUGUCAUGGUCUAGAAAUGAUUUUAAAUUUAUAGUUUUACUAAUUUACAAUCUGCAGUUAAUGUCUUCUUUGGAAUUUUUACACUUUGAGGGCCGGAUUGGACCCUCUGGAGGACCACUUUUGGUCCACGGGCCUCAUGUUGGACCCUCUGGAGGACCGCUUUUGGUCCGCGGGCCUCAUGUUGGACCCUCUGGAGGACCGCUUUUGGUCCACGGGCCUCAUGUUGGACCCUCUGGAGGACCGCUUUUGGUCCGCGGGCCUCAUGUUGGACCCUCUGGAGGACCGCUUUUGGUCCGCGGGCCUCAUGUUGGACCCUCUGGAGGACCGCUUUUGGUCCGCGGGCCUCAUGUUGGACCCUCUGGAGGACCGCUUUUGGUCCGCGGGCCUCAUGUUGGACCCUCUGGAGGACCGCUUUUGGUCCGCGGGCCUCAUGUUGGACCCUCUGGAGGACCGCUUUUGGUCCGCGGGCCUCAUGUUGGACCCUCUGGAGGACCAUUUUUGGACCACGGGCCUCAUGUUGGACCCUCUGGAGGACCGCUUUUGGUCCGCGGGCCUCAUGUUGGACCCUCUGGAGGACCGCUUUUGGUCCACGGGCCUCAUGUUGGACCCUCUGGAGGACCGCUUUUGGUCCGCGGGCCUCAUGUUGGACCCUCUGGAGGACCGCUUUUGGUCCACGGGCCUCAUGUUGGACCCUCUGGAGGACCGCUUUUGGUCCGCGGGCCUCAUGUUGGACCCUCUGGAGGACCGCUUUUGGUCCACGGGCCUCAUGUUGGACCCUCUGGAGGACCGCUUUUGGUCCGCGGGCCACAUGUUGGACCCUCUGGAGGACCGCUUUUGGUCCGCGGGCCACAUGUUGGACCCUCUGGAGGACCGCUUUUGGUCCGCGGGCCUCAUGUUGGACCCUCUGGAGGACCGCUUUUGGUCCACGGGCCUCAUGUUGGACCCUCUGGAGGACCGCUUUUGGUCCGCGGGCCUCAUGUUGGACCCUCUGGAGGACCGCUUUUGGUCCACGGGCCUCAUGUUGGACCCUCUGGAGGACCGCUUUUGGUCCGCGGGCCACAUGUUGGACCCUCUGGAGGACCGCUUUUGGUCCGCGGGCCACAUGUUGGACCCUCUGGAGGACCGCUUUUGGUCCGCGGGCCUCAUGUUGGACCCUCUGGAGGACCGCUUUUGGUCCACGGGCCUCAUGUUGGACCCUCUGGAGGACCGCGGGCCUCAUGUUGGACCCUCUGGAGGACCGCUUUUGGUCCACGGGCCUCAUGUUGGACCCUCUGGAGGACCGCUUUUGGUCCACGGGCCUCAUGUUGGACCCUCUGGAGGACCGCUUUUGGUCCACGGGCCUCAUGUUGGACCCUCUGGAGGACCGCUUUUGGUCCACGGGCCUCAUGUUGGACCCUCUGGUCUAAAGACAAACUGAACGUCUCCAGAUCCAGGUUUAAAUCUGAAGUCUGUAUUUAUGAAUAUAUGGGAUCUAUAUUUUGUAUUUCUAUUUUCCUGAACUGUGGAGCCUGAAGAGCCUCCAGGACCAAACAGGAUCAAUCAGAACUGAUCAGGACCGAUCAGUGGGCUUUCAUGAUGGCUCUGUUGUGACGGUUGCCGUGGUUUCUCUACCUCCUGAUGAUGCUGGCUGAUGACAUCACAGCGGUGAAAUAAAGCAGUGUGAAGCGUGAUAAAAACAA